CCCGACCCGAGAACUGAAAGGGGAGCACCAGAACCGGUGAGUGAGCUCCCUCAGCAAAACAGCCAGAAAUUCUAGGGGUUUACCUCUAAACCUCAGAGCUCGCUCAUGGCGGCAACCAUCAGAAUUCUUCGUCUCCGCCCUAACCGGCGGCACGAAAAUUUUGUCCUGUUUUCUUCAUUCUCCACUUCCGACCACCACCACUCUAAUGCCAACUAUUUGGAUGAAAUCCGGAAGAAGGUAGCCGAUUCACGAAGACGAUUCCCCCCUCCGCCGCCACCUCCUACAGAUGGAGACCAGCCGCCUUCUUCUCCUUCACUUCGCUCUAAGCACAUCUCAUUUCAGGAGCUAUACCAGCGGAGUUUCGAUGCCCCAAAGCCGCCGGCCUCCAGUAAGGAACGCUUCGACGCCAUUCGAAAUAGUUUGAGCAAGCUCAAGGAGAAGAAUCCGGGCGUUGCUCUAGGGAAAACGAAUGAUCCUUUGUCGCUUAAUAAAUAUACGGAUAGUUUAAGGUUGAGGCCGGGAAAUCUGAGCCCCGUAGAACCGCCGACGGUGAUUGGCAGCGACAAAUUGCCGACCUCGAUACUUGGAAAGGAUAUCAAGGGUUUGAAGGAUGGGAAUAUCAGGCCAAAUGUUGGACAGGAGUUUGUGCGCAGCUAUACUUAUCAGGAGCUGGGGGAAAGGUUGAGAGCAUUGAGCCCUGAGCAUAAGGGAAAGAAGAAUGGGUUUUCGUUACGAGAGUUGAGUGAUAGACUGCGUAAACUUAGGAUGAUUGAAGAGAAAGAGUCCGAGUCUAGGGUUGGCGGAGUUCGAAAAGCUUUGAUGGAUGUUUUUCGUGGCAUUAAGUUUGAUGAUGAGAAGAUCACGAGGGUUCAGACAGUUCGGAAUCUUGAUAUUUUGGGCCAACUUGGAGAAAAUACAGAUUACUUAUCACAUCCUCCGAAGGAGAACUUAGUUGAGAAGUAUUUCGAUCCAGUUAACAUGUCAUCUGCAGAGAAAAUGAAGCUGGAGCUUAAGAAAGUGAGAGAUCAAUUUAAAAUGUCAGAGUCAGAUUGUGGUUCUGCUCGUGUUCAGGUGGCUCAACUUACGACCAAAAUCAAACACCUAUCAGGUGUCCUGCAUAAAAAGGAUAAACAUUCUCGAAAGGGUCUUCAAGCAAUGGUCCAGAAGAGGAAGAAGUUGCUGAAGUAUCUCCGAAGGACUGAUUGGGAUUCUUACUGCCUGGUGCUAUCAUCGCUUGGUCUUCGUGACAAUCCAGAUUAUAAGAACUAAACUGGCACCUGGUGAGUUUUAUGAAAGCCUAGGAAUUAGUUUUUGCUUUUAGGCUAAGCAUGCAGAAAUGCACUUCCUCCUAAAAUUGUUCUUUAGAACUAUAUUUUAUAUUACUCAUCUUUUCCUUCUUUUUAUUCACAUUUUCAAAAUUAUUAUUAUUUUUACUUGGUAUCUAUUUUUUUUUAAAUUAAUAAUGUUAUACUGUCAUUGUUUUUCUA